CAUGCGCAGACGUUUUUUUUUUCCCCUCCUCGAGUGAACGUUAUAAAUAGCGCUGUGUGCUCGGCUCAUCGGCAAUCCUCCUCUCAAACGGAACGUCUCACCUUUUCCCUCCUCCUCUCUGCAGAUCUCACAGCAGAAACUUCCCUCCGGUGAAGCGUGUUCUAACUGCUCGAACCAGAGCGUUUCCUUCCUGUGAUAACUUCCCUGCGCUGGAGGCCACCAGGAUGCGCUCUGUGACCUGCACGCUCCUGUUGGGGACCUGCAUCCUAGUCCUGGGGCCCGCAGCGCGGGGAGUCCUGAGCCAGUGUCCGAACCUGUGCCACUGCCACGGAGACCUGCAGCACGUCAUCUGCGACAGCGCGGGGCUGAAGAAGAUCCCCCAGGUUUCGGAGGCCACCCGUCUGCUGAACCUGCAGAGGAACAACCUGGGCGGCAUACCCUCGGGGGCCUUCGGCGAAAGCAAAGGGCUCGUUUCCCUGCACAUGCAGCACUGCCAGCUGCGAGAGAUCGAGUCCCAGGCCUUCAAGGGACUGAAGAAGCUCGUCUACCUCUACCUGUCCAACAACAAGAUCAGCAGCAUCAAGUCUGGGGCUUUCGAGGACCUCACCGAGCUAACCUACCUCUACCUGGAUGGCAACCAGAUCAGCGAGCUGUCUAAGGGCAUCUUCUCCCCCAUGAUCAACCUCUUUGUUCUGCAGCUCAAUGACAACAGGCUGCGGGAGCUGCGGCCAGGGACCUUCGCAGGCACCAAGGACCUGCGGUGGCUGCACAUGAGCGGGAAUGAACUGACGACACUGCAUCCGGGAUCUCUGGACGACGUGGAGAACCUUGCUAUACUUCACCUGGACAGGAACAAGCUGUCCAGCUAUCCUAGCGCAGCGAUGAGCAAACUGCGGGUGGUGGAGGAGCUCAUGCUGGGGACGAACCCCAUGAGGGCGAUCCCAGACAACGCCUUCCAGAGCUUCGGCCGCUACAUGGAGAAACUACACUUGGACAACAUGGGCUUGGAGAAGUUCUCUGGUGGUGCAUUUAAUGGCGUAACAGCUGUGCGGGUUCUUCACCUGCAUAACAACAAGCUGAAGUCCCUUCCAGGCGCUAUGCCGUUAGGCACCAUCACCAACAUGACUCUCUUCAACAACCCCUGGCACUGCUCCUGCCAGCUACUCCCACUACGCAAGUGGAUAGAUUCUCACCAAAAUCAAACGGACGUGCUUUGUGCAUCGCCUCCUGAACAGAAAGGCAAACAAGUCAGAGAGAACACUGCCAUCAAGCGCUGUAAGAGCAAGGUGAAGAAAAGCAAGCCUGGUCGACGUAAUUGAACCGUCAGCCGUUCAGGAGGCACAGAAAACGAGUCUGUCCAGGUGAUCAGCUACAACGAACGCAACGCUUACCAACCCUGCUUUAGGACUGUUGUAAAGAUGAACCUUUAUGCAUUAUGGUACAUACAAACACAUACGCGUUUCUUUCUAUCACUUAUAUCAAAGACUGAAUAAUAAAGUGGAAGCGGCUGUGAAGCAGGGGGCCACCGGAACAGAGGCAGCAUUUUACAACAAAAGAUGGCGAUGUUUUGUUCGUUUGUUGUUUUUUAUUUCCUGAUGCAUUUAAGAUCUUGGUUCGAUUGAGGUAACUCUGAAGAUUUAGUUCAUCUCUCCUAUUGCUGAGGGGCUUCAGUGCUCAUCAGAAGACACCCAGGAUAUCACAACGCAAAAGUUAUUCGUUGCCUUUUAACUUUUUUCAGAUUUUGUCAUGUUAUAACCACAAACAAUGUG